GCUGCUUGUCGGGGUCCUGCUGUGGCUGGUGAUGGCGGCGGUUGGUGCUCGAGCUGCGAUCCUGAGUCUGAGAUCAGGUGGUAUAUCCGUGUCAGCAACUAGAAAGUGGACUAACUGCCCCUUCUUUCACUGCUCUUGGGUUCCACGUGCUGGAUUGCCAAUAUCUACACCACCAUCGUUUGUGUUGCAGCAGUUUAGGUACACCAGUUUCUUCAAUAAAUUGACAGCAGAUGAAUUAUGGCGAGGUGUGCUGGCAGAAACUGGGGCUGGAGCACGAAAGGGCAGGGGCAAGAGAACCAAGAGAAAAGUAAAGAAAGAUUUGAAUAGAGGACAGUUGGUUGGUGAGGGACGAGCUGGGUUCCUCUGGCCUGGUUUAAAUGCUCCGGUUGUGAAAGAUGGAACCAUUCAGUCAAUAGGAAAGCGAGAACAAGCGCAGCAGGAAGAGCUGCAGGCUGAAGUGUUUCGACAAAGGGAAGAAUGGGAAAAGAGGAGGGCAAUGAAAAUCAAAAGAGAAAGAGGCUGGACUGGCAACUCUUGGGGAGGAAUCAGCUUAGGUUCUCCUGAACCUGGGCCAAAUGGAGAAACCUAUGAAGAAUUUGACUCCAGGGUAAUUGAGGUUAAAAGUGUGUUCAACAUGACUGCAAAGGAAGGAAGGAAGCGAUCUGUCAGUGCUCUGGUGGUAGUUGGAAACAGAAACGGAGCUGCUGGUUUUGCAUUAGGCAAAGCAGCUGACCGAACAACUGCCCUUCGAAAGGCAAAGAAUCGAGCCAUUCACUACUUGUACUACAUAGAAAGGUACAAAGACCACACCAUUUACCACGAUAUAACAUCAACGUUCAAACGGACAACAAUCAAAAUGAAGAAAGAAAACUACGGGUAUGGAUUACGCUGCCACCGAGCUAUUACUACAAUAAGCAAGUUGAUUGGCAUUGAAGACAUGUACGCAAAGGUUCAAGGUUCAACAAAUCUAUUGAAUUUAACAAGAGCACUUUUUCAAGGAUUAUCAAAGCAGGAGACUCACGGAGAUCUAGCUGACAAGAAGGGACUCCAUGUAGUUGAGUUUCGAAGGGAGUGUGGACCUUUACCUCUGGUUGUUGCCUCCCCUCAUGGAGUGGUCAGGAAAGAGCCAGAGCCUGAAACCGAAGUACCAGAUACCAAGUUGGAUUGGAGUGAAGUCAAGGCAGCUCAGGGCAUGAGGCGGUCCCCCUGGGCCACUGUAAAGCGUGCGGUUUGGUGAGAACUUCAAAUUGAAGAGCAGGUACUGGGGAGGCAGUUCACUUACUGAAAUUGCAACUAAAAGGCAGAUAUCCCAGUUGGUAGCGCGCAAGAUUUCUGCAGAGCUCGGCGAAACACACAAUUCUAAUGUAUGUUUAAUAUCUUUCCUGAAUACAAGUAAAUAAAUGUAAGAAUAAAAUAGUU